AUCCUAUACCAAUCGAAAUCAACAGCUAGACACUAUAACUCAGUGUCCUUUCAUAUCACCGUCCCAGCUUUUGAUGAUAGUAGGUUUCAAAAAAUCUUUUAGUCUUCUGCUACCUAUUUCCAACGAAGGCCUACUUUCCUUUUUCAGUCUGGUAGCCUUGGCCAACUUUUCUCCAGUGCGCGACGAACAUAACCUGGAACAUCACCCAGCAAGAGAUGCUACAUUGAAGUGGAGAACCGUAUUUUAUGCCAAGAUCUCACCCCCCACAUCUCGUACUACUAUUCCCGAAGCAAAUCUGCAAGAUUGCUGGUCGAAGGCUACGUCAAAGUAAAUUGCCACACUUGUUCUCCUAUCGACAUAUUUAUGGCUUCUAUAUACUUUUAAGAUUAACAAAAGUCCGCAACAGAAAAGACGACACUGUUCGCUAGUCCCCCGACUAAAAACCUAGGACACUGCCGAAAUAUAUGGUUACUAUCUUUUCCAUAGUGACGACACCGAGGACAAUGAGCUUCCACAACCACUUUUUUAUGCUUGAGAUUAGCUAAAGUAGGAACAUAAUUUCAGGAGAUUCUCCAUACUAUUAUUGUAACUUUCGAAGGGAUGUAUAAAUUCCAUACUUUUCUGUAAAAAUCUUUAGUCUCAGCCUGUAUAUAUUAUUACUAGGAUCCGAAUUAGUCUCCUGUAAUAGUUUAUAGGGGCUUCUAACUGAGAAAUCGCCAGACGGUUCUCCUCUCCACACUUGGAAUUCAUCGUGUAUUGUCUCCGCCAAAGGGAUCCACAUAAUUUUCUUUACAAUAUCCGCAUUAAAGGUAUUAACAAUUAUAUCUGUAAUCUGUUUGCUUCAUCUCCCGAAAUCCAUAGAUCAUCCCAAACAGAAAUUCGGUCCCCCAUACCAACCCUCCAACAUAGGCCUUUCUCCAGGAGUCUUUUUGCUGCCCAGACGCUCUUUCAGGUAAGCGAAGGUAAAUUCCCUAAUUGAGCAUUAAAAAAAUUCGAGUUUAGAUAAUAUUUUGCUUUCAAAACUCGAGCAAAUAAAGAAUUGAGAAAAUUAAUAAGACGUCAACCCUGCUUAGCUAAUAACGCAAUAUUAAAUUUGUCAAGAUUUUGGAAACCUAGGCCACCAUCUUCUUUUAAUGAAUAUAGAUCCUUCCAAGCACACCAAUGAAUAUCAUUUCUACCUCGACUGUUUUGCCACUAGAAAUUAGCAAUUAUACUCUCCAAAUCAGCAUAUAAAAAUUUAGGGAGUAAGAAACAACCCAUAGUGUAAGUUGGAAUGGAUUGAAGGAUAGCCUUUAUGAAUACCUCUUUCCCUCCUUGAAAAAGAUGCCUUAUACUCCAGUUGUCGAUUCAUUGCUUAAAUCUAUCCUUUAAGACUUGAAAAGACAAUUUCUUUCUUCUUCCCACCAUACUGGGGAGCCAAGGUACCGUUCUGGAUCAUUUGAGUUAUGCACCCCAAGUACGUUGGAAAUUGUUGUUUUUUCCUCCUCCUGCGUAUUGAUACUUAAAAAUACUGUAGACUUAUUAUAAUUGACACAUUGACCAAAACAAAUAUCAUAUUCUUGCAAAAUCUGCUUCAAAUAAUGAGCACCUCUUUCUGUAGUCUCCCCAAGUAAAAUACAAUCGUCUGCAAAUAAUAGAUCUAGAAUAAAUUUAAUUUUUAUAUAAAGCCAAAAUCACACAUAAAUAAAUUAUUUACUAAAAAUAAUUUGCGCUCUUCAAAAUAACUUAUUUUCUGUAUGAGUUAUUUUCAAUCCGUCAAGAUGUUUUUCAUAAAAUUAACACGGCCAUGGAAAAUAUUUUUCGAAAAUUAUUUUUAGUAAAAUUAUGGGCAUCGAGAAUAACUGAAAACCCCAUAAUAUCCUCCUCCUCCUGCACUGUGCACUCAACCCUUAUUUCCCUUUUCCGUAAUCUCCAAAUAAGACAUACAACGAGCUCCAUAACCAAGUCAAACUAAUUCAACUCAACACUUCACUUCACUUCACUAGUCUUUGAUUGUUUUUUCUAUAGUUAUAAUGCAAAAGAGUCCUUCAGCUUCUUCCUUGGGUCCAGGUGGUCUAGACCUGGCUCAAGCCUUCUUCAAGCCCAUCCUAAACACCGAUCCACCUUCCUCCACCAAGCGCCAUACCAAGAUCUCCGUCAUCGGAGUUGGGAACGUCGGUAUGGCUAUCGCCCAAACUAUCCUCACCCAGGACUUAGCCGAUGAACUCGCCCUCGUCGACGCCAAGUCUGACAAGCUCCGCGGCGAAAUGCUCGAUCUCCAACACGCCGCGGCGUUCCUCCCACGCACUAAAAUCAACGCGUCCGUUGAUUACUCCGUCACCGCUGGAUCUGAUCUGUGUAUUGUCACUGCUGGCGCCCGUCAAAACCCUGGCGAGUCUAGGCUGAAUCUGCUGCAGAGGAACGUUGCUCUGUUUUCGAAUAUUAUUCCUCCACUGGCAAAGUACUCGCCGGAUUCGAUUCUAUUGAUUGUUUCGAAUCCGGUGGAUGUGCUAACUUACGUGUCUUGGAAACUGUCGGGAUUUCCAUCGAAUCGGGUCAUCGGUUCGGGAACAAACUUGGAUUCGUCGAGGUUUCGGUUCUUGAUCGCCGAUCAUUUGGACGUCAACGCUCAGGAUGUGCAGGCCUUCAUAGUUGGUGAGCAUGGAGACAGCUCGGUAGCACUCUGGUCUAGCAUUAGUAUUGGUGGAGUGCCGGUGUUAAGCUUCCUAAAGAACCAGCAAAUUGCCUACGAAAAGCAGACCCUUGAGAACAUUCACAAAGCUGUUGUUGAGAGUGCGUAUGAGGUGAUUAGUCUCAAAGGGUACACUUCUUGGGCAAUUGGCUACUCAGUGGCUAACUUGGCUAGAAGUCUACUUAGAGAUCAGCGGAAAAUCCACCCAGUCUCAGUCCUUGCCAAGGGGUUUUACGGUAUCGACGGUGGUGAAGUUUUCUUGAGCUUGCCAGCACAGCUCGGUAGAGGUGGGGUCUUGGGCGUCACCAAUAUCCAUUUGACUGAUGAGGAGGUGCAAAGGCUUAGGAAAUCGGCUGAGACCAUUCUUGAAGUUCAAAGUCAGUUGGGAUUGUAAGAAACUACCGUUGCCUACCAAUAUUUGAAAGGUUCUUUUUCUUUAAUGUGUAUUUUAGGUUUUAUACUUGGUAUUUAAGUUUUGUUGGACCUGCAGAUACUUAGAUUGGAAAAUCAUUCAACAAAUUGCUACCUCUUAUUAGUACUUAGCUAUUGAUUUCAUCUCAUCAAUCAAUCAAAUUGAAUCACAUGUAUUAAAUAAAAA